AAAAAGGGUAACCAAAAUCAAGCAACAUACCAAAUUCUUUUUUCCUCCUGCCGUCUUGACCAUAAAACCAAAGUUAAUUAAAAGUGGCCCAACUCCAUCCGUAUUUUCAGAUUGGCUGCCUCCAGAAUCCAAAUUCUAUGUUUAUACGCUGUCCGUUUCACUCCCAUACAUGUAAGUGUGACUUCAAGUCUUGAACCCAGAAAAUGAGAAAAUCUUCAGGGUGAAGUCCCCUGUUUCACCAUUCCCUCUUUAAAGAGAGAGGAAUAACUUCCAUUAUAGCCUUUCGGUGGACAAAUUGCUUUUACUUUCACCCUCUCUUUUCUUUUUUCAUUUUUAUCCCUUCCCAUUUAAUCUUUUUGUUAUCAUGAGGCAUAAUGCAAUAUUCACUGUUACCUCCACCAUGACAGGAAAAUUUUAAGGCCAUGUCCUUCCUACCUGUAUUAAAUUGGAAUCUUUCAAGUGCUCUAAAAAUCUUAAAACAUCAAAACAAAAGCAAAAGCUGACUGAUUUAGUGAUAUUAUUCCCACCCAUUUCUGUUCUUUUUUUCCCCUUUCUCUUUUCCUCUCUUUUGACUACCAAAUCUGACUAACUGAUCUUAACCUUCUUCUUCUUCUUUCCCCUUGAACCUUGUGCCUAUUUGUAUAUAUAUGUAAAUCUUCUUUCCUGUCAUAUUUUGUCAUUGUUGAAGAGAAUAAUUUGAGAUUUCUGACAGAAGAAGGGAUUAGCUAUGGCAGUUGAUGUUUGCUCAGAAGUUUCAAGCCUUGUGGUAAGUCCAAGAAUCUCAUUUUCUCAUGAUCUAAGAGACUCAGAUCCUGCAGAAUGCCGGCACAACAACAUUAUCAGAUCAGAUGCAUUGCUUCUGGAAUCCAUUGAUUUCAACUUCUGCAUCAGUAGUCAGAGCUUCUCACAGGAAGUCCUAUCAACAGCGGAUGAAUUAUUCGCCAAUGGCAAGAUCCGCCCUGCUGAAGUCAAGAAGAAAUCCGCCAUUCCCAAGCCUAAGAAAGAAGCAACCCUUGAACAAAACUUUCGAUCUAAGCCGAUUUCAUCGCAUCUUCGGAGAGAUACAUCAGUGAAAUCUCAAAAAGCAGAGAAAACAGAGGCACCCCAGAAUUCUAUUACGAAGAAAAAGAGCUUGAAGGAGUUUCUAUCACUCAAUCUUGAAUCUGAUACAGAGGUAGAAGAAGAAGAAGAAGGGGAAGAAAAGAAGCCAUCACCAGCUUCCGCAACAAAAACAUUUUGGCAGUUCAGAAGAAGCAGCAGUUUAAAUUUCGAUUCUUGCAGAAGUAAUACAUUGAUUCGAUCAUUGCAUUUUCUGUCUCGAAGUAAUUCAACUGGUUCUGCUCCAAAUCCAAAGUCAUCAUCAUCAUCGAAGGUUAUGCGAAAACAGAAUUCACAGAAAGAUCAUCAGCCAUCAUCAGCGAAAAGAACGAAAUCGUCUUUAUCGUCAUCAUCAACCUCAUCAUCAUCAUCAUCAUCAAGCAAUCAUUACUUUUACUCAAAUGGAAGUGGUUUAUAUAGAAGUCCAUCAAGAAAGAAUUAUCAUCAGGGGAAUGGAGUUAGGAUUAGCCCUGUUCUCAACAUCCCUCAUGCCUGCAUUUCCAAAGGCACUGUAAGUAGUUUGUUUGGUCUUGGCUCAUUGUUCUGCAAUGGUAAGUCCAAGAACAAGAAGAAAUAAUACAACUCCAAUUUUUCACAUAUCAUCCUCAAUUCCUCAUCUUCUUCUUUUUCUACCCAUUUUACAUUUCAUAUCGAAUUUCCAUACCAAAAAAUUUACAGUUAUAUUUUUUGGUAGAAGAAAAAAAGGGUCAAAAUUUUCAAAGUGUAAUUGAACAAACUACAAAGGCAUCCUACUAUUCUGUUCCAAUCUUCGUUAUUACACUUUUCUUUUUCCUCAUAUCGUCGUGUCUUCUGCGAUAAUAACAUGAUUGGCUGUCGCUUUAGUACUUUUGAGCUUUCAACUUUUUUUUUUUUUUCCUUUUCUUUUUUGGCACUCUGUCACAGUCUAUCGGUCUUGAUUCAAAUAAUUUAAACCAUACCUAUUUGUUUAAUUCGUUAAUUUUGGCUUUCUUUUUUAUUCCAAGGAGAACAGGACAAAUUUUGGAUCUAUAACAAAGUAUAGAAAAAAAAUUAUUCAAUGAUUGGGACUUCUUUACAACCAUAGUUACACGUCAAGUAUCUAUCUUUAAUUUAUUUAUUUUUGCGGGAGUUCCACCGCCACCACGUUCUAAACAAGACACUGUGAUUUUUUCUUUGCAAUUAAACUUGUGCUGCAAUGUUUCUCGGGCUAUAUAUCCCAAAGCCAAGGCGUGAUGAUCUUCUUUUCUCAAAGCUUGACACUUUACAGGUUCUUCGAAAGCUUUGCUUGGUGGUUACUACAUGGUGUGGGCUUUUAGCCUCAUUCGAUGUUCAUUUCCCUAAAAAACGUGGAGAAAAACGUCCGAAACAUGAACUGAAUAACCUUAUCUUAGUGUGAAUCUUUAUUUAUUUGUUAGUGAACUAAUUACUCAUUUUGGUCCCU